GAAGGAUACUGUUAGUUUUAGUUCCAGGACAAGGACAUGUAAUUCCAAUUAUGCAACUUGGGAAGGCACUUAACUUGAAGGGCUUCUCAAUUACAGUUGCUCAGGGAACUUUCAAUGGAGUAGGCUCUUCUUUGCAACAGUUCUCUGGUUUUCAAUUUGUCACCAUACCAGAGAGCUUACCUGACUUGAAAUUCGAAAGACUCGGGCCGGUCCAGUUUCUCAUGAAACUCAACAAAACCAGCGAGGCAAGCAUCAAGAACUGCAUAGCUCAGCUGUUGCUAGAACAAGGCAAUGAUAUAGCCUGUAUCGUCUACGACGAGCUCAUGUACGUCUGUGGAGAUGCAGCCAAUGAGUUCAACAUUCCAAGUAUCAUCUUCAGCACUACAACUGCUGCACAUAAAGUUUGCUGCAGUGUUUUAAGCAAACUCAAUGCCGACAAGUUCUUGAUCGACAUGGAAGAUCAUAAAGUGCAAGACAAGGUGGUGGAAAAUUUGCAUCCACUAACAUACAAAGACCUACCUACCUUAGGAAUGGGACCAUUAGAUCCAUAUCUUGAGCUCUGUAGAGAGAUAAUCAACAAAAGAACAGCUUCAGCAGUCAUCAUCAACACAUCGAGCUGUCUAGUCUCUCUCAUGGCUGCAACGACAACUCGGGAUUCCAGUAAACAGAGGUCAGUGAUAUACAUAAGCUUUGGCACCGUGCAUCACAUAGAGACCAAGGAGAUGUUAGAGAUGGCUUGGGGAAUUUGUAAUAGCAACCAACCUUUCUUAUGGGUCAUCCGACAAGGCUCUGAGUCAUUGCCAGAGGAAGUCAGAGAGAUGGUUUCAGAAAGAGGAUACAUAGUGACACAGUCCCUGCAGAAGGAAGUGCUUGCUCAUCCUGCAGUGGGAGGCUUCUGGAGCCAUUGUGGAUGGAACUCAACACUGGAGAGCAUUCUGGAAGGCAUGCCAAUAAUUUGCAGGCCUUUUGUUGGAGAACAGAAGUUAAACGCAAAGUAUAUAGAGAGUGUGUGGAGAAUUGGGAUGAACCUGGAAGGUGGAGUGGAGAGAGGAGGAGUAGAGAGAGCUGUGAAGAGGUUGAUUGUGGAUGAAGAAGGUGCAGAAAUGAGGGAGAGAGCACUUGUUCUGAAAGAGAAGCUCAAAGUCUCUGUAAGAAGUGGAGGCUCUUCAUACAACGCAUUGGAUGAGCUGGUGAAGAUGCUCAAGUUCAUGAAAUAA